ACGCAACGCAACGCAACGCAACGCAACGCAACGCAACGUAACGCAAAGCAAAGAAAAGAAAAGCAAAGCAAAAUAACUUGAGAAUAAAAAGGUAAAGACGAACGAAUACGAAUAAAGAAAAGCACUGGAGGAGAAAGAGGAGAGUAAGAAAAAGAAAAAGAAGAAGAAAUAAUAGUAAUAGUAAAAGUAGUUAAAAGUUAGUAGUAGUAGUAGUAGUAGUAGUAAUAGUAGUAGAAGUAGACGAAGAAGAAGAAGAAGAACAGCAACAGGGGACGAUCGAGAAGACGGCGGAGCGCGUGAUCCAAAAUGGCGCUCAAUCAGGAGAUCGAUCAGUUGUCGAACAAUAGUAAUCUCGUAGUGAGGAUCGAUCAAAAUUCAGAAUCCGAUCUACAGGCUUUGUUCGAUACGGUCUUGAAGCCGGACUCAAAACAUCCGCUUCAAGUGCCAUUGCGUAUGCGAAAUUUACCCGAUUCGUUUUUUAAUCCACCUUCGACCGGCAGCAGAAGCCCGUCGAUUUCGCACUCGCGCGAAAAUUCGGCCGACUCGGCAUUCGGAGCCGGCGGCAGCGGCGGCGCUUCCGGCGCGGUCACGGGGACCACCGGAGGACGUAACGCGGAAUCAUCCGGUGGUGGAGGCGGCAACGUCGUAGCCGGAGGUGCUAACGUUUCCGUCGUGGGUGGUGGCGCCGGCGGGGGGGCCGGGGCCGGUGGGGCCGGUGCUAGCGUUGGUGUAGCAAAUGGAAAUGGAGGUGGUCCGGCCGGUGGAGGAAGCCCCGGUGGAGGAGCCGGAGGAGUCGUCGCGGUCGCGGCCGCAGCGGUCAGCGCAAAUGUUAACGGAGGAAACACCGGAGGUGCCGGUGGAACAGCGAACGGUGGCCCGCCGAAUGGUGGUGGUGCGGGUGGCGUCUCGGCGGGUUCGGCCGCGAGUGCCAACGCCGUUAACGGUCCUGCACCAGCGGCUGCAGCAGCGGCCGCGGCAGCCGCUGCAGCCGCAGCUGCAGCUGCUGGCUUGACGGUAGCUCAUCCGCGAGCUCACAGCAGCCCUGCAUCCCUGCAACAAACCUAUACGUCCGCGCAACAGGCGCAGCAACACGCGCCGCAGCCGCACGCUCGUCACCAUCAUCACCAGAAGCAACGCAGUUACGACGUCAUCAGCACGGUCGACGACCUGGGACCCCUGCCACACGGAUGGGAACAGGCGCGCACUACCGAGGGACAGAUCUAUUUCCUCAACCACCUGACGCGAACCACGACAUGGGAAGAUCCGCGAAAAACUGUCGCAGCUCAGAACGUUGCUCAAGUCGCCGCUCAGGUGGAAAGCGGAAAGUCUGCUGCUGCCGGGAACACUUUAGGUCCAUUACCAGAUGGAUGGGAACAAGCACGAACACCAGAGGGAGAGAUUUAUUUUAUAAAUCAUCAGACGCGUACAACAUCAUGGUUCGAUCCCAGAAUUCCGACACAUCUUCAACGAGCCCCGUCUUCCGGUGCUAUGCUGCCACAAAAUUGGCUACAGCAACCAACGGCUGCUGGUAUACCUAACAAUCAAUCACUGCAAGCUUGUCAACAGAAACUACGUCUUCAAUCGUUACAAAUGGAACGCGAGCGUCUGAAGCAACGGCAACAGGAGAUCAUACGCCAGCAAGAAUUGAUGCUCCGACAAACUACCACGGAUGCUGCCAUGGAUCCAUUUUUAUCAGGAAUUAGCGAACAACACGCGCGUCAAGAAAGUGCAGAUAGCGGUUUGGGUCUUGGCUCUGCCUAUUCCUUACCGCAUACGCCAGAAGAUUUUCUAGCGAAUAUCGACGAUAACAUGGACGGCACCAGCGGUAAGCUGUUAGUCCAUUAUGAAAAUCGUUGGAAGGUCGAUUUUGCAGUAUUCGAUGCAUAUUUCGUAGAUGGUGGUGCUCCCAUGGAGACUCCCGAUCUCUCAACACUGAGCGAUAAUAUCGAUUCGACGGACGAUCUUGUACCAUCGCUACAGCUUAGCGAAGACUUCAGUAGCGAUAUUCUCGAGGAUGUACAGUGUUUCAUAAGUCCUAAUACGAUAAAACCAGGAAACGUGCUCACAUGGCUCUAAGUAUGGACAGACGCGGAAUUAGUUCGUAUAAUACCGUAGGUACUAUGCUCCUUCUAAUUACGACGAACGGACGAUAUUCAAAUUUAUCUUCCAGCAACGGCUGUCUCCUCGCCCGUUCGUCCAAAUUCGAGUAGAGCAAGGAAUAUCUAAUAUGAACUCGUGCCGCGCGUUAAGCUUAUCUUCUUCUUGUCCUCCAUUUAAUGGGACCGUACCGAGACUUUAUUUGUUAUCAAUUCACACACGGAAGAAAAUAAUGUAUCGGGAGAUUUUCUCGUUCCGAAGGAAGAAAGGAUGCGUCACUUAGAAGAAGAGUAACGAGAGAAUCUCACGGUUCUCGUAAUCUCCCCACGGUCGUUAAAGACAAAUGGAAACUCGACAUGGAAAUACGUGAGGAGCGCAAAACUCAGAAAGCGCCUAGCAACGAAAACGUGAUGAUAGGACCAACGACAAGACUCCAAACGCGACACCAACGAAAAUAAUCAUCGCUGUUAAGAACGGCUGCUGUUCUUCUUCUUCGACGAUAUGGCGCCAAAUGCGCGUUACAUACACCUCUUUAUACUAUUAUACUUGCGUAACACUCGAAGAGUCGUGCCUUCCCACUCGUUCUUUCUAAAUCAAUCACAUAUAUAUAUAUAUAUAUACUCACAUAUCCAUUGAAAACUAUGAAGAAAGUUAUUUUUUGUUUCCUUUUUUUUUUCUUUUAUAUUUUUUUUUUUGUUAUUUCUCUUUCAACAGAUAUGCGUCCCAUUCGCCAUCGAUAACGCACAAUUUAUUAUUCGCGACCGCUUAAUGAUUUUUUUCUUUAUUUUUUUUUUUCUAUCUGAAUUUUUUUUCUUAAUGUUAUUCCAAAAUGUGCUACACGCGAAAGAACGAAGGCACAUCUUUUUGAUGCGUUUACAAUCCAUACGUAAGAACGACAAAGAUCUUUGGACUAUAAUUUUGACAACGAAAAAGAAGUUUUCAAUUGAAAGAAGUAAGUAUAUAUCGAAUAUGUUUAGUUGUUCUCUAAAUACGAACGUUAUAGUCCGUGUUUUACGAGUAAAAUACAACGAAAGCAAAGUUAUAUCGUUAACGGGGAUUCGUUUUGAAUCGUAGUCCAAAGUAGGUAUAUAUAUAUAUAUAUAUAAUAAUAAUAAUAAUAAUAAUAAUUCAAUUUCGAUCAUACUCGGAGUAUAUUUUAUGAGCGAUUAUAUGCUAACCGAAGUGCCUUAUCUCUGCAAUCUAUUUUCGUCGGCGAUCCUCGGUCGUCGCUUUUCAAAGCAAUAACCGUCCAUAUACGAAACCUUGAUGUGAACAUGUGGUAAUUGUUAAAAUAAGUAAUAUGUUUGAAACCCUCGUAAUGUUUUACUGAAAAAGGGUUACACAGGAAAUGAAUAUAUAUUUUUUUAUAUAUAUAAAGUCUAUACUUGUUACAAAUUGCAGUUAUAUUGGUAUUUUCAAAAAAAAAGAAAAAAAAAAAAGAAAAUCAUGUUAGAUCGUAUUAAAAAAAAAAAAAAGGUCUCUUACGUUUUAUACUAUUACGCGAUUAUAUAAUGGAGAGAUUACAAAAGAUGAAAGUAUAAUCAUAUAUUUAUAGAUUCUAUGAAAUAAUUUAGCGAAUAAGAAUUUUAACUCGUCUUAUAUUUCUUCUUAUUUUCUUUUUUCUUUUUUUUUUUUUUCGGGGUGUGAUGAGAAAUAAAUAACAGGUGUAUUUGAGGUGGGGAGAAUUACCGUUUAACAAGGGUGGUACUUUCUGUUUUCUCUAAAGGAAAGAAACAAACAAACAAACAAACAAACAAACAAAACAAAACAAAAAACAAAAUCUAACGACGUAGCAGAGUUAUUACCGAUAAUCAAAGUGACUUUUGGUAAAGAAGAUAACUCCCGUAUAGAUAUAUAAUUAGUUAUGUGGCAGCUUAGAGUAUACAACUAUAAAACGAUGAAUGACGUGGCCACUUGGCAUCGCCUAACGCAUCAUCAUUUUUCUGUUUUUCGAUCGUUGACGCGGAUGACUCUUCUUCUUCUUCUUCUUCUUCUUCUUCUUACUCGAACUCAUAUCCGUGAGAAAACUUGAUUUAAGAGUGCGUCAUCGUGGCCAAGUUGAAUCAUCGAAAAUAGAUCGUCGUGUACUAGAUAUAUCAAUUACGUAUAUAUAUCUAUAUAUAUGUGUAUAUAUAUAUAUGAACACAAUUGAUAUAUAUAUACAUAGUACAUUAUAUAUUGUACAAUGUUUGUUUUCUGCGCAAAGACGAUCAAGCUCUCCCAUCUUUUCUCGUAUUUCAUGAAAAGUUUACGGAGAUGCAUGCGUUACGUUAUUAUAUUCAUUUCGUUAUUCGUAAAACUCAGAAGACAUUUUUGACAUAUUAUUUUUUAAUAAAAUAUCAAAUCAGAGCCUUUGCGAAUAUCGAAUGUUCGAAUCAACUUCUAUGAGAUAGAAAAAAACAAACAAACAAACAAACAAAUGUUUAUUAUACAUAGUAUUCAUGUUUAUACUUGACAUUAUUCUGUUCUAUCAGAUAAAAAUACUAUUCUAGAAAAUGAAAUUGCGGACUAGCUUGUAAGCUUAUCAAAAUGAAACGAAACAAAACGAAACAAAA